AUGGCGACAACGGCUGCAGAAGACACGGGGCUCCUUCUGCAAGGCCUAAACAUGAACCAACUUCCUACGGUUCCCAAGCCCGCCGCCAUGGAGCCGGAUUUGAAUCACAAGUCUGCUCCCGAGAAGACGAUGGAGCUGCGACGCAACAGCAGCCUGUCCACAACACCGUCUCAUCAGGCCGACAAUCCUUUCGACACCGACAUGGAGGCCAUGGUCUCCACUACUUCUGAACCCUACGGUCGUCGCAAGUCGGCCGCCCAGGACAAGCCAGAUUGCCCCACCGUUUGGCCUGGUAAGCAGCACUGGAAGCAAAAGGCCAAGACGGCGAAGCGGAGCCGCUAUGCCUGCAACUUUUUCGCCAAUCUCAGCAAGCGAAACCGCAUUAUCGCCAAAGUCGCCAUCAUUCUCUUCAUUGUCGGCGUCGCUGUCGGUGUCGGCAUGGGCGUCAGCAAAUCGCUCAACGCUCCCAUCUGGGGUGACGACGACUAA